AGAACGAAACCGGUUAGCUUUUGGGACGAAGCGAAGGAAAGGACAAUACCAUACGAAAUAAGCCAUUUCGCGCUUAACUUAACAAUUGGAGGAUAGUCUGUCUAUUUUAAUUAUUUGAGUCCAUGUCCCGACAGUGAGAACGAAGAGGAGGGCUUGAAGGUAUUUAGGCUUUUCGUUGGUUGAACCUCAGCGGACUGUAGAGCUGGUAUCCAGGGGAACGAUGAGCGAUGGAAUGGUAUUGUGUGAGACGAGAGCCCUGGCUUCCUCUCCAGUCCACAGGCUGGCUACGUCUGUACUCCUCUUCCUCGCCCUGCUCCCCCACGGACACGCAUCAGGAUGUCCGCGGCCCGUGGCUGUGGAGCAUGGGGAGCUAGUGAACCAGACUGAGGCCAACCGAGGCUCCUCCCCCCCUGGUACCCUGCUGUCCUAUAGCUGUGAGCCGGGCUACGCCCCCGAUGGACCCACCACCAUCACCUGUACCACCGCUGGAACAUGGUCCCACCUGCCUCCACGCUGCAUAAGCACUAAUGUGUGCCCCCCUCCCACGGAGCCAGAGAAUGGAGGGUACAGGUGCCACCCGUCCCCCUGCCACCGCCUCACCCAGAAGACCGUGAUAGAGUACUUCUGUGACGAGGGCUACGCUCUGAAGGGGGACUACAAGUUCCUCACCUGUCAGAAUGGGGAGUGGGACGUACCCAUGCAGAUCACCUGCCGCCUCAGCCCAGAUAAGGAGCCGCGGUCUCCGUUGGCGAUGCCAGCGCUGUCCAUCGUAGCGUCCACAGCCUCCUCUGUGGCCCUCCUGCUGCUGGUGGUGGUGCUGUUUGUUCUGCUGCAGCCCAAACUCAAGUCCUUCCACCACAGCAGGCGUGAGCAGGGUGUCUCAGGCCAGCCAGCCUCUAUCGUGGUGGAAGGGGUCCAGGUGGCCCUCCCCUCCUAUGAGGAGGCCGUGUACGGCAGUGGCGGCGGCGCCUCUCUCCCCCCACCUCCAGAGUCCCGGGUUCAGAUCGUCCUGUCUGAGGGCCCCCGGGGGGCCGAGGGCGGAGCAGAGGGACUGAGUCCCAGCAGUAGGUCCCAGUCCCACCAUCACAGAGACAGAGAGAGAGAUACAGAGCUGUGCCUCCCCUCCUCCUCUUCCUCCUUCCCUUCAUCCUGCCGUCACGCAGAGACCGCACUAGUCCACCAGGCCCCCUCCGCCUCCUCUUCGUCAUCGUGGGUUACGGCACACGGAGGGGGUGCCCUUGCCAGACGUAGAGACUCAGAGAGCAGUGACCAGCACAGCCUGCUUUCUCUCACCUCCGUAGGCGACUUCUCUGAUGAUAUCCCCCUGUUAAAGGAAACCUGAAGCCCCUGCAGCAGCAUCACUCCGCCCCUACAGCUGAGCAGGAAACUAAGGCUUCUGCUGUGGCCUACUGGGGCUUUCUAGCUGAACGAUACCACCCUACCUUAUGUCUCUGAACCACAGAACUACAGAAUUACCCCUCGCAGCAAAGACAGGAAUCAUGUCAAAGAAACUCAACCUCCCUCCCCCUCUACAUCUGCAACUUCUCACACGGCGCAAAGACGAGCAGAGUCCACUUCACCCCCAAUUAUUACCACCCAUGCACAGAACUUAGACAAACCAUGUCCACCAACAGUAUCCUCUACCCAUGUCCUGGCUACCCCUUCUGCAAUGAUCUCGAAACUACCCGUGUGGAGAAAAGACAAGACUACCCUCUUUCUCUCUUACUGGGAACUGACGAGCCCUUAAUACCUCCUGUCCCCCUCAGUUUUAGAAUGGACAGACAGACAGACAGACAGACAGACAGACAGACAGACAGACAGACAGACAGACAGACAGACAGACAGACAGACAGACAGACAGACAGACAGACAGACAGACAGACAGACAGACAGACAGACAGACAGACAGACAGACAUCAAUCAAUCAAUCAAUCAAGUGGUUCCAGCUGUAGAUUGCAGGAAAUGACCCCGCUGUACUCAGCAGCACUACCUUGUUAAUAAAUUCUGAGGAGAACCCUGAUAUAGUUCUGGUACUCUUCCCUCUAGGCCUAACUUCCUGACCCCAAUCAUCCACACUUCCCUUUAGGCCUAACUUCCUGAACCCAAUCAUCCACACUUCCCUUUAGGCCUAACUUCCUGACCCCAAUCAUCCACACUUCCCUUUAGGCCUAACUUCCUGACCCCAAUCAUCCACACUUCCCUCUAGGCCUAACUUCCUGACCCCAAUCAUCCACACUUCCCUCUAGGCCUAACUUCCUGACCCCAAUCAUCCACACUUCCCUCUAGGCCUAACUUCCUGACCCCAAUCAUCCACACUUCCCUCUAGGCCUAACUUCCUGACCCCAAUCAUCCACACUUCCCUCUAGGCCUAACUUCCUGACCCCAAUCAUCCACACUUCCCUCUAGGCCUAACUUCCUGACCCCAAUCAUCCACACUUCCCUCUAGGCCUAACUUCCUGACCCCAAUCAUCCACACUUCCCUCUAGGCCUAGCUGCUUGACCCCAAUCAUCCACACUUCCCUCUAGGCCUAACUUCCUGACCCCAAUCAUCCACACUUCCCUCUAGGCCUAACUUCCUGACCCCAAUCAUCCACACUUCCCUCUAGGCCUAACUUCCUGACCCCAAUCAUCCACACUUCCCUUUAGGCCUAACUUCCUGACCCCAAUCAUCCACACUUCCCUCUAGGCCUAACUUCCUGACCCCAAUCAUCCACACUUCCAAACGCUUUAUCUCAAACCACAAGGCUAGUAGCUAACAUAAUAAUGCUUUUAUCGCUGCUGAUGAUGCUGAUGAUGAAGAUGACGGUGGAUACAAACUUGUGCAUCUCCCUACUCUAAUGGGGAUAAGGAGCAUCUCUCUUCAGUGAGGACUAUCUUGGUUUGGGCCUUGGCCUGGUCUGCUGGCGUAUGCUGCACGUUCUCUCUAGUGAUGGAUCGAUGACGGCCUGCAGGGGCCCACGCGGUAGCCCUGUCUGUCCGCUCUGUAUGAAGCCCCUCUUCCUUUCUCCGCUGCCACUCUCUGGCAUCUUCUUGGGUCAGUCAGCGCCACUUUCGUCUGAGGGGACUAGGAGUGACGCCACCUGUCAGAAGACGAUGCACGAUGGAUGGAUGGAGGGAGCACGUCACCAGACCAAGCACCUGCAGGGCUACACACAGACAGUAUCACUCUAUCAUGAUAAAAUACGAUUAAUGACACGCUUGCCUUUUCGUCACAACAACCGAUAUCUGUGUUGUGUUGAGCCCAUCUGCUCCCCUGUUGAUGUGGCUAUCAGCUGGGUUUUGUUUGGGAGGCAUCAGUAUAUUUUUGCAACCUGGCUGUGGAACUGAACAACACACCGACUGUUUCAUGAAUGAAGAGGGCUGCACUAUAUUGUUAAAUGAACUAAGGCCUUGUUGUUUUUUUACAUGAUGAAAACAUGUUUGUUUGGUGACUGGACAUUAGGUCACAUUUCUUUUUCCAAUCUAUUUAUAUUGUGUGGCUGUAAGGUUGGGUUCACUAGAGGUGUUUGUCACUUGGUCCGGAUGCGCUAAAUGUGCGUAUGCAUGUGUGAGAGUGUUGUGUUUGUGUGUGUCUAUCUUUGCCUCUGUGUACGUCAGUUAGGCGAGAGAGAAAGGACAUGUCCAUAGAAUGGGUACACCAGAAAUAUUACCCAGGAUUUCCUGCCCUUAGUAGAAAUGGCUUCACACAGCUACCCCAGUUCAAGAUGGCUUCCCUCUUUUCCUGCUUUUUACAACGGUCAGAAGAACAAACAGUCAUUACUGUAAGAAUACAGUACAUCAUGUAUAUUUAAAUGUUCAAGGACUAAAAUGUCCUCCAUUUUUCUGCAGAGUUGCUUCAGAAUAACCUUGUGGAUCUGCGACUUUUAAAAAGCUUAAACUGAAAAACCUUGCUCAAAACCGGAGCAUUGACACAACUGCAACUGGUUGCAGGAAACGACAGUUAUCUUUUGUUGUAAAUGUUCAGUUCAAAUUUAAGUGAGCAGUUUUAAUUUACCUUUGAUGAUAAAAACCACUCGUAUACGUUGAGUUGAGGUCAUCAUCCUAGCUCAUUAGGUUGAGGAGACACGGUCUGAGUCUAGUCUGGCUUUUUGAAGAAAAAAAAUGUCACUUAAAAAAAAAAAAUAUUGUUUAUUUGUCGGUCUUUCCACCUGUCAUUGGCUUCAUAAACGCAAACAGAGAACGUUGCCUUAGACCUGGUACAUUUUAUUACUUUGCUUUUGUUUCUACUUGUAUCGUAAGUUUCCAUCUUUACCUGCUAUGAUAUUGAAGCGUCUUCUGUGUUUCCCAAUGGCCUUACUUUUGUAUUUUCUAGUCAUACAACUGUCUUGUGUAUUUUUCAAUGUGUUUUAUUUUUGUUUUUGGACUUGACUAAAGAAAGCCCAUCCUCUUCUCUCUGUCCACCCCAAGGCGUCUUCAGCAACCGUGAUUUUUCAAAAGCCUAAGCACAUGAAACAAAUCGCCCUUCUUUCUUUCUUUUAAUGUCUAUCAUACAUUGUAAAUGUUGCGUGUUAAGGGACUAUUUCUUUGCGUCCAGACCACCGUUGUACAGUGGUGUUUCCUCCAUCUCUUGAUUCUGCAUUUCAAUGCUUUCAUGUUUUCUUUUUUUCCUCUGUACAUUGCAGUGGGUUGUGAAGAUCGUAUUUUAAUAUUUGUAUAAAGUUUAAUUUAAUUCUACGGUGUGUGUGUGUGUGUGUGUGUAUAUAACUAUUUCUAAUUAAAGCUUUUUUGAAAGCGUG